AUUGAGAUGGAUUUACCACCUAAGGAGGAGGCUGCAGAUGGGUGCUCAGGACUGCUGGGAGCUCCAAAAUCAUCAAAGCCAAAUGGAGCAUUGGAUGGAAGGGCAGAGUGCAGGUUUCUGGUUGGGUUCCCUUGAGCAGAUCACCAGAUUCAGAGAGUUUAUCAUGUCUCCAUCAUCCUGAUGUGCCAGCCUCUAAAAACCUCUUCCCGCAAACAUUAAAGGGCCUCUUCCUGAACCCAGCUCUUUCAAGAAGCCACCAGGAGUCCAAAGAGAGCCUUCUGGGGUCACCCAAGAAGCAGAUGGCCUUUAGACCAGUCUGAAGUUGCGAUGGGAGGAGGAAAACAGGACAAUAUUGAAGAUGACUUUCUCUCAGUUGAGGUACCACUGUGUUAUCUUGCUCAGCAUUUUUUCCCAUAGUUGGCCUACAUGUCACUGUAGCGACCGUGCUUGAGCCUCCCCUCUAGAGAGUAGUCUAGACUGCAGAGUAGUCAGUUGUUCAUAGUUUGUCAGCAGACAGACUCUCAUUUGAGUGACCAAGGCGCAUUGUACAGCAACCCAGCAGAGCACAAAAGAUUAUGCCAGAUGGACUGUCCACACCCACUGGGAAAUGGGACUAAGGUUAUCUUUGGAUAAUGAGGAAUAUAACGGAACUGAGGGGAGCUUGCCACCAACCAGCACCAUACUUGAUCAAAGUUUUUGCAAACAUUGCACAGCCUGAGGGCCCAGCCGAAAUGCCCUGCUCAACCCAACGGUAAUCUGUCAGCAGAACCGAUGUUGAAAGAGCCCCUUUCCCACGCUGGAGGCCCAAUCAGAGGGUCAGCCCUGCAGAAGGGGGGAAACACCUUCCCCCCCCCCCCAAGGGCCCAUUUCCGCCAUUGUACUCCAGGGAAUGGCUGUCAAAAGGGAAAGCUUGCUUCCAUCCAAGCGAAUCGGCAGACUCUGCUCCUGAGAUGAGGCCAAAGCAAGAAGUGCGAGGGCAGGCCAAGAUGCCAAGCGUUACAUGAGAGCCUGCAGGAGCCACCGACUCUUAAGGCUGCCCCCUUCUGGAAUCAAUCUCUACCAGCAGCCCGACGCUCGCAGAAAGCAGUUCUCUCAGAGCACAGUGGCGAAGACCAAACGAGGGCUGCAUCGAAAUCGAAAAUCCCUGAUCAGCUCCAGAAGGGACCUGCAGCGAGGAGCUGGGCCAAUUCCUGCAUCAGUCGCCCCCGCUGGGCAACUUUGAGGUGAGUCUAUCUGAAGGGCCGAUUCCCUCCUCCCGGUCACAUCGAAGGAUUCACUGCAGAGAUUGGUGCCAGCGGCUCCUACUGCCCCCAGCAUGUAUUACCAGUCCAAGUCACCUACUUCCAUAUCUCUGAGCACAGGUCCCCUCACCCAUCCGCAGGGAGUAUCAAUCUGGAAGCAGUUGGAAAAGGGUACACGUCCCCAGCACUGGAACCUACAAGGGGAACCUUAUUUAACCCAAAAGACUGUGGUGAAAUGUUUCUUGUUACCUACGACCUGAAGGACAUCCCCAAUCACAAUACCUUCCUGCGCCACCGCAUCUUCCUGGUGCCCGUGGAAGAAAGAGGAGAAGGCGGCGGAGAGGGGCCCCGAAGAUAAUGGUCGAUGAAUCCAAUCCCAGCAAGGGGGACGGCCAGGAGGAUCUUGUGUUAUCUCAUGCACCUGAGGUUUCCAGAGAUCCAGAUCAGGGGGAAAAUUACCUACGGGGACAUCCGCCUCCUCUUUUCCCGUAAGUCGAUUGAAGUGGACUCUAGAUCCCGUAUGAAUGAAAUUUUUUCAACCGAAACUCCCAGCAACCCCAAAUACUCCCUCGGGUUUGAAGGUGAAAACACAUGA